UAUGUGGUGAGCUAAUCAUGAAGGAUGGUUUCUUGUGCUACAUUCUACAAAUGACUUUAUUUGAAUUUUGGGAUUUUUUUUCUCUCUUCUUCUCUGAUUUUAUAUGUUAAUUAGAUUUACAUAAAGGAAAUAAAUACUGGAUUCAUAGUAUUUUCUGACUACACUGCUGUUUUCUGUACAUUAUGGAGACAUUGGAGGCAUUCAUAUUUCUUGAAGUUUUAUUUUAUUGGAAGCCAAACUUUGCCGGGGACACAGAGAUGUGAUGUAAGUUUUCCUUUCAUAGCAACCUUCCUUGCUUUGGAUGAACUGAAUGUCAUCUGGAUUUCACAGCCUGUGAGGUAUAAGGUCUAAUUUAUCUAGAACUUUAAUAUGUUAUAAUAACAAGAUGAGAAACACAUUAAACACUGUUUAACAUGUAUGCCUAAGGAAAAGAUCUUCCUGAUGGAUCAUGGCGUUAAUGUUUACAGGACAUUUCCUAUUUUUAAUAUUGAUGGUGUUUAGUUUUUCUACUUGUGAAGAAUCUGUGAGCAAUUACUCUGGAUGGGCAGUUUUCACAGAUGAUAUACAACAAUUUAAGAAUCAUAAAGUACAAGAUUUCAAGCCCAACCAAAAACUUCAUCCAAAUUUGUAUUUUGAUUCUGGGGAUAUACAAACAAUGAGACAAAAAUCUCGUACAAGCCAUUUACAUCUUUUUAGAGCUAUCAAAAGUGCAGUGACAAUUAUGCUGUCUAAUCCAACAUACUACCUACCUCCACCCAAGCAUGCUGAUUUUGCUGCCAAGUGGAAUGAAAUAUAUGGUAAUAAUCUUCCUCCUUUAGCACUGUAUUGUUUAUUAUGUCCAGAAGACAAAGUUGCCUUUGAAUUUGUCUUGGAAUACAUGGACAGGAUGGUUAGCUAUAAAGACUGGCUAGUUGAGAAUGCACCAGGGGAUGAAGUUCCAGUUGGUCAUUCUUUAACAGGCUUUGCCACUGCCUUUGACUUUUUGUAUAAUCUGUUAAGUAAUCAGCGAAAACAAAAAUACCUAGAAAAAAUACGGAUAGUUACUGAGGAAAUGUAUGAAUAUUCGAAGAUUCGAUCAUGGGGCAAACAACUUCUUCAUAACCACCAAGCUACAAAUAUGAUAGCAUUACUCAUAGGGGCCUUGGUUGCUGGAGUAGAUAAAGGAUCUAAAACAAACAUAUGGAAACAAGAUGUUGUUGAUGUUAUGGAAAAGACUAUGUUUCUCUUGAAUCAUAUUGUAGAUGGCUCUUUGGAUGAAGGUGUGGCCUAUGGAAGCUAUACCUCAAAAUCAGUUACACAGUAUGUUUUCUUGGCACAACGCCAUUUUAACAUCAACAACUUGGAUAAUAACUGGUUAAAAAUGCACUUUUGGUUUUAUUAUGCUACACUUUUGCCAGGCUAUCAAAGGACUGUAGGCAUAGCGGAUUCCAAUUAUAAUUGGUUUUAUGGUCCAGAGAGCCAGCUAGUUUUCUUGGAUAAGUUCAUUUUAAGAAAUGGAGCUGGAAAUUGGUUAGCUCAGCAAAUUAGAAAACAUCGACCUAAGGAUGGACCAAUGGUUCCUUCCACUUCCCAAAGGUGGAGUACUCUUCAUACUGAAUACAUCUGGUAUGAUCCAAAGCUCACCCCACAGCCUCCUGUUGACUUUGGCACAGCUAAAAUGCACACAUUUCCUAACUGGGGUGUUGUGACUUAUGGGGCUGGACUGCCAAAUACACAGACCAAUACCUUUGUGUCUUUUAAAUCUGGGAAACUGGGAGGACGAGCUGUGUAUGACAUAGUUCACUUUCAGCCUUAUUCCUGGAUUGAUGGAUGGAGAAGCUUUAACCCAGGUCAUGAACAUCCAGAUCAAAAUUCAUUUACUUUUGCUCCCAAUGGGCAAGUAUUUGUUACUGAGGCUCUUUAUGGACCAAAGUUGAGCCACCUUAACAAUGUAUUGGUGUUUGCCCCAUCACCAUCAAGCCAGUGUAAUAAGCCCUGGGAAGGUCAACUGGGAGAAUGUGCACAGUGGCUCAAGUGGACUGGUGAAGAGGUUGGUGAUGCAGCUGGGGAAGUUAUUACUGCUUCACAACAUGGAGAAAUGAUGUUUGUGAGUGGGGAAGCAGUGUCUGCUUAUUCUUCAGCAAUGAGACUAAAAAGUGUCUAUCGUGCUUUACUUCUCUUAAAUUCUCAAACUCUACUUGUUGUUGACCACAUUGAAAGGCAGGAAACUUCCCCAAUAAAUUUGGUCAGUGCCUUCUUUCAUAAUUUGGAUAUUGAUUUUAAAUACAUCCCAUACAGGUUUAUGAAUAGGUAUAAUGGUGCCAUGAUGGAUGUGUGGGAUGCACACUAUAAAAUGUUUUGGUUUGACCAUCAUGGCAACACUCCUGUGGCUAAUAUACAGGAAGCAGAACAAGCUGCUGAAUUUAAGAAAAGGUGGACUCAGUUUGUUAAUGUUACAUUUCAUAUGGAAUCCACAAUCACAAGAAUUGCUUAUGUAUUUUAUGGUCCAUAUAUCAAUGUUUCCAGCUGCAGAUUUAUUGACAGUUCCACUUCUGGACUUCAGAUUUCUCUAAAUGUCAAUAAUACUGAACAUAGUGUUUCUGUUGUAACUGACUAUCAAAACCUGAAGAGUAGAUUCGAUUACCUGGGAUUUGGUGGUUUUGCCAGUGUGGCUAAUCAAGGUCAAAUAACCCGAUUUGGUUUGGGGACUCAAGCAAUAGUAAACCCUGUAAGAUAUGAUAGAGUUAUUUUCCCUUUUGGGUUUAAAUUUAAUAUAGCAAUUGGAUUCAUUUUGUGUAUUAGUUUGGUUAUUUUAACUCUUCAGUGGUGGUUCUACCUUUCUUUUAGAAAGCUAAUGCGCUGUGUGUUAAUGCUUGUUAUUGCCUUGUGGUUUAUUGAGCUUCUGGAUGUGUGGAGCACUUGCACUCAGCCCAUUUGUGCAAAAUGGACAAGGACUGAAACCAAGGCAAAUGAGAAGACCAUAAUUUCUGAAGGGAAGCAUAUAGAUCUGCCUGAUGUUGUUAUUACCUCACUCCCUGGUUCAGGAGCUGAAAUUCUCAAACAGCUUUUUUUCAACAGUAGUGAUUUUCUCUACAUCAGAAUCCCUACAGCCUACAUUGAUAUUCCCGAAACUGAACUUGAAAUUGACUCAUUUGUAGAUGCUUGUGAAUGGAAAGUUUCAGAUAUCCAUACUGGGCAUUUCCGUCUUCUUCGAGGGUGGCUGCUGUCUUUGGUCCACAACACAAAACUGCACUUGCAAAACAUUCAUCUACACGAAACCAGUAGGAAUAAACUGGUCCAAUAUUUUGCAGCUAAUAAGGACAAAAAACGAAAAUUGAAAAGGAGAGAGUCUUUGCAAGAGCAAAGAAGUAGAAUGAAAGGAGCUUUUGAUAGAGAUGCUGAAUAUAUUAGGGCUUUGAGAAGACAUCUAGUUUAUUACCCAAGUGCUCGUCCUGUGCUUAGUUUAAGUAGUGGUAGCUGGACAUUGAAGCUUCAUUUUUUUCAGGAAGUUUUAGGAACUUCGAUGCGGGCAUUGUACAUAGUAAGAGACCCUCGAGCCUGGAUCUAUUCAAUGCUAUAUGGUAGUAAACCAAGUCUUUAUUCUUUGAAAAAUGUACCAGAGCAUUUAGCAAAAUUGUUUAAAAUAGAGGAAGGUAAAAGUAAAUGUAACUUAAAUUCAGGCUAUGCUUUUGAGUAUGAAUCACUGAAGAAAGAAUUAGAAACAUCCCAAUCAAAUACUGUCUCCUUACUAUCUCAUUUGUGGCUAGCCAACACUGCAGCUGCUUUGAGAAUAAAUACAGAUUUGCUGCCUACCAGCUACCAGCUGGUCAAGUUUGAAGAUAUUGUUCAUUUUCCUCAAAAGACUACUGAAAGUAUUUUUGCUUUCCUUGGAAUUCCUUUGUCUCCUGCUAGUUUAAACCAAAUACUGUUUGCCACUUCCACGAACCUUUUUUAUCUUCCUUAUGAGGGGGAAAUAUCACCAUCUAAUACUAAUAUUUGGAAACAAAACUUGCCUAGAGAUGAAAUUAAACUAAUUGAAAAUAUCUGCUGGACACUGAUGGAUCGUCUAGGAUAUCCAAAGUUUAUGGACUAAAUGCUGCAGGUCAGCAAAAAUUUGCACUAAUGAGUCCCAACCUACUUUGUGGAUAUUAACUAGAUAACUUUGUUUAUUCUUGUACACUUGUGUAUGUGUGGAGAGAGUGUGUGUGUUCAGUCUGUUAUUUGCACAGGAAAAUACUUUAAAAAAUAGGCAUCAUAUUUGGCCUAGCAGGAUUUAUUUUUAUGUUGCUGCUUUCCUUGCCUUGGUUUGUGAAUUUGUUUCUGCUAAAAUGUUUGUUCUACAGAGGUAUAUAUUAUGGGGGUCUGGGAAGAUGGGAAGAUUUUAAUGUACUUUUAACUUGCCUUCUUUGGUAACUGUGCUAAUCUAUCCUGGGACCUCAAACACUACAAAAGGCCUUGCAGUUGCUGCUUUACCCAGUCAUCUCUUGCUCUUAAGAUAGACUACAAAAGGUUCCUUAUCUUUUGAAAAGGUCUUCAAUUACUUAGCCUGCACAAAGGAAAAAUGAAAUAAAAAAAAAUUGAAUUUCUUUUAUUUUGUAUAGUGUUCACUGAAAUCACUGGGGAAACGAAAGUUUCUAUUAGAAUUUUUAGAAAAUAUAGAUGAAAAUAUAGAAUAAAGGCUUUUGUUUUCUCUCAAGAAAUAAGACUGAACAGUGGAUGCUGAAAUUCAGUGAAUUUUUUUGGAAAUGCUGCUCUUUUCAAAAGCUCAUUUGCCUCCCUGGAGAUAUGGCUGUUCACCAUCACAGUAUUCCCACCCUAUCUAGCUUUUCUGUCACUGUCAACAAAACAGGCAUUAGUUAGUAACUACAAAACUCCUAGCUUUGGAAGUCCCAACAGCCUCUUCUGCUGAUUAAAUGACUGACACAGAUUUAUAAUCAAAUUUAGUUUUGUGUCAUUACCAUUCUAUGACUCAAAGAAAGGAGCAGCAGUUUGCUGCCAGUGGUGAGUUUGUUGUUGUU